GCGCGGGACACGGGCGUGCUGCUGCCGUCGGCGCGCCGCACGCAGCUGGAGCGGCUCAUGCUCAAGGGCAUGCCGCAGAUGCUCGCCGCGCUCAGUGGAAUUCUGGAAAAAAAUGCCCAGAAAGAAGGACAAUCGAAUCCUCCGCCGUCGCCGACGAGCGGUAUUCCACAGACUUCGGCGCUACCUGACUUAUUAGCAAAUGCACAUGACGUCCAUAAUGUCGACAAGGCACUGAAUAUGGAGAUAGUUGUAAAAUGUCUCGCAACCCUUCAGCAUUUAUUUUCAUGGCUGCCAUUAUCUUCCCAUGUUCCACCUUCUCUCGUUACCACUGUGUUUUAUUGGGGAAGCAUAGCAACACAAUCACAGAGCAUGGAGGCGGCGCUAGGCGGGCUGGGCGGCGUGUGCGAGCUGCUGUACCGGCGGUACGCGCCGCCGUCGUCGGCCGCCACGGCGCUGCGCCUGCACCACGCCGCGCUGCGCCUGCUGCGGCAUCUGACGCACCACCCUGCGCACGCCGCGCACUUGCACCAUGACUAUCUCAACAAAUUAGCAGAGUUCCUAAAGUUGUUCGUAUCAUUGCAUUUCAAGAGACUUGAGGCAGAACCAGAGUUCAAUGCUAUAGAAUUUCUGUCAUAUCUAUUCCAAUACACAUUCCAGGUGCCAACAUGUGCUAUUUUUUUAAAUUGCCUAGAUAUAUGGAUCCAAUUUAUUGACAUAUUGAAGCCUGAAGAUACUGCCAAGUACUGGGAAGCGCUGCAGGCCUUAGUUGAUCGCGUACUUAACAAAAUACAGUUCCAACAUAACAAGGCGCAGCUUCAACAUCUAGAUAAUGAAAUUUGUGAUGAUGAUGGUGAGACUGAGUGGCAAACAUUCCUGAAACAUUGCAUUGAGUGCAUCGCGAGGGUGGCUGAAUUGGCACCGUUGGAUGUUUUCACAAACGUGUUGGAGCGAUGGCAGUGCCUAGUGGGCGUGCACGGGCGGGCGGCGACGCGCGCCGGCGGCGGCGGGGCGGCGGCCACGCCUGAUGCGGAGCGGUUCCUCGCGGCAUUACUUGACCUGGCCACGCUGACGAGAGUGUUGGGCCGGCUGGCGCCCGCGUUGCUCACGGAGCCAGAGAGCGGUCAUACAGCAGCGGGCGCGGCGUUAGUGGAGCGUGCUUGCGCCGCGCUUGGUGGAGCCGCACUAACGCGCCCGCACCGCGCGCCGCUUGCGCCUUCACUGGCUCACGCGCAUGUCCAAGUGCAUGCUGAAAUGUUUGCGUGUAUGGGAGCGUGGUGUUGCUACGCGAGCGAUUGCGGCAUUAGCACGCAAACCAUGGAGGGACUUUUCGCAUCCGCUGUUCCUUUCCUAAUGCCGCACGAAAUACCGGAACCACCUUUACUUUGCCACGCUGCGGCACACCUUUUACUUAGUUUGUCCAAAAACGUGAAGGUCACAAGUGAUCCAGUUACUUUAGUCGGAGAUCUGUACAACCACGCACAACGUUCUCUUCACUACUUGGAACCGAAGACUGCGAGCGUAGUCCGCGAGGCUCUCCUCUGCUUACUACUAGCACGGGCAGGGCCAGCGACCGGGCCGGCGGCGACCGCGGGGGCCGCGGGGCCGGGAGGGGAGGCGGCGCGGGCGCUGCUUGGCGCGUGGACAGCGGCGCUGAAUCAUGCCGGGCCCGCUGUGGCCCUGCCGCCGUUGACUACGCUCCUGCAUUCCUUUGCCAACGCGAAUACCAACUCUAAGAAGGUGAUAGCGGAGAGCAUGCAGGGCGCGGCGGAGACGUCUCUCCGCAUGCUGUGCGAGCCGGCGUGCGCGGCGGCGGACACGGAGAUCACGGAGUUCUUCCUCGCGCUGUUCACGGCGCUGCUGCCUCAGCUGGGCAACUUCGCUUUUACCGCCAUUGACGUGUUCCUUGAGGUCGCGCAGAGGGGCGGCGGCGACGGCAGCCUGGAGCGGCUGGUGGAGUGCGUGCGGCUGGGCGUGGAGGCGGGCGGCGGCGGCGUCAAGGUGCGCGCCGUGCUCGCGCUGCUGCACCACCACGCCCUGCCGCGCGCGCGCGACGACGCGCCCGACCUCGCGCGCGCCGCGCACCGCGGCGGCGUGCAGGUGCGCGCCGUGCUCGCGCUGCUGCACCACCACGCCCUGCCGCGCGCGCGCGACGACGCGCCCGACCUCGCGCGCGCCGCGCACCGCCUGCUGGCCAGCGUUCUAAUCCACCGCUGGCGAUACUUCUUCACGCCAAAGUGCGAGGGCGAGGAGAGCGCGCGACGUAUGGGCGAGCUGCGUGAAGCGCUAGCAGCGCUUGGACGUGCUCUAAUGCAGCCCGAUAUCGAGCUGCUGCGUAUCGCGCUCGCCACGCUCGACGCGCUCAACACCAAGUGGAAGCUCUAUCACAAGAUGAUAUUCCGCACUGAAUUCCUGAGCGAGUUCAUCUCAGUGCUCCUAGCAUCGCUAGCCGAAGGCGGCGCGCGCGCGCUGCUCCGCGACGAGGCGCUGGGCGCGCUGCACAGCAUGGCGGGCGUGGACUUCGCCGCCUUCCGCGCCGCCUUCCUGCCGCACUUCCUGCGCGCCGUGCCCGGCCUGCAUCCAGACCACGCGCGCGCGCUCCACGACUUCCCGCCCGACACGGAUCUGCCAACAUUCACGCAGAACAUCCAGCGGUUGAUGAACGACGUGAAGUGCUACCGCGCGUACAACGCGCUGGCUCCGGCUGCGGCCGAAAUGGCCUCAUAGCAUGCGACUGCGUCCCACUCCUAUUAGGGCAAUGGGACAUGAUAAUAAGGGGACAUGGGAAUAAGAGAAUUCCCAAAUAAAACCUGCAUGAUCUUUCCCAGUGAACAGAUGGAUGUAUCACACGUUACAAUAUCGGUAACAUAUUGUGCAGCAUUUGGGACCAUAAAAAUAACAGGUGCAUUUGUGAUGCACAUAUGGCAUUUGAUAAUUCUGUUUAAAACUGUCUUGAAUAUUAUCUAUAUCUGUUGUAGUUAUUAGUGUAAUAGAGUAGAAUAUAUUAUUAUGUGGAUAAUGUUGAUCAUGUUUAGUCAAUAUUUUAAAUUAGAAUAGUUUUUUAUUAGGAUAAGAAAUCAAUAAGUAGUUGCUUUAAUUUUUUUGUUUAUUUUAUUUAAGUUAGCAUUUACUUCCGAUAAAAAGGAAAUUUAUAAUGAAGCCGCAUUUUAAACUGGGAAAACAAUCAGCCGGUUGGAAGAUUCAUAUUUUAGUUUUCUUCAGAAUUAACAAGAGUUUUUACACUAUAGAUGUUUCUAUAAAAUCAUAACCUACUUUGAACUGAAGUGUUCAAACUAGUCACUUUCUAAAAUAUGUAAGAAGUUGUUUGUAUAAUGUAUACUUGAAUUUUAUUGGCGAUAGAACUUAAUUUAUAGAUUUGUAACUAAAAAAAUCUCUCAAACUAGUGAUAAAGCAUGUAGUAGAACUAAUAAUAGGGCUGUCACAGCUCAUAUAUUUAUACAGGGCUGCCAUUUGUAAUGUGAUUGUUUUGUAGAUAUGAUUACCUAUUUUUUAUUUGGGUAUGAAUGGGUGAAGAGUACCUUGAUUAGCAUCAAAUAGUAAGUUAUGUUAUUUUUCAUUUAUUUUAUUUAUAGGUAUAUGCAUUUAUCUGCUGAACUUAUUUUUUUGUGUAGAUUCUUCAGGGGAAGAUUUUAAUUUCAUUCUAGGGUGCAAUAUAAUGUGGCUUGAAAGCUUUGAACCUAUUUUUACUUCUUUAUAUUGUAAAAAUCAUGUUGCAAUUAAUAUCUUAUGUGGUGUCAUGUGCUUUUAUAAUCUUGAUGAUAGAUUUCAAAGCGAAAAGAAAUAAAAGUGUGUUUAAUUGCUUACAA